GUUACCUCAUUCCUCCAAGAAUGGUCCACCGGUAUACUCAUACUAUCUACCGACAGUUAGAUAUUCGGUUUAUCAAGAUAGUUAUUAUUUAAAUUUAAAAAGAAGUUAAAAUGGUGACGGCAAAGGGUGACGCGGAAGCCACAGUGACCAGGGAGGAGAUUCCACAUGACCAUCUGUUCAAGGUCACAGGUUUAUCUUCAACGAAUUUGGAGAAGAUGGCUCAAGAACCUGAACCGCAGGACUUUGAAGAAGCGAUAGCGGCGGCAGGGUACGGCAAGUUCAACAUAGCGCUGAUGCUGAUCUCCAUCCCGGCGUUCUGGAGCUCCGUCUCCGUGACCAGCUCUACCAGCUACAUCUUCACCAGAGCACAGUGUGACAUGGGACUCAGUCUGUUGGAUAUGGGGACCAUCACUGCUAUGACUUAUGGAGGCAUGAUCUCCUCGGCAAUGGUGUGGGGAUUCCUGUCAGAUACCCUGGGGAGGAAAAAGAUCAUGGUGUGGGGUUUCUUCUGUUCUGGUCUGAUUGAGAUAGCAGCCGCCAUGAGCCAGAACUUCGCGAUGUUACUGGUUACCCGGUUCGCCAGUGGAUUCCUCUUCAACGGUCCCUUCGCAGUCCUGAUCUCGUACCUGGCAGAGUUGCACAGAACGGAGCUGAGGGCCCGAGUGAUCCUGCUGACCAGCCUGUUCUACACCUUCGCCAACACCACCCUGCCGCUGGUGGCCUGGGCUAUCCUCACCAAGGACUGGGAGUUCACUCUCUUCGGAGGAAGUAUUGUAAUCCACUCGUGGAACAUAUUCCUCUUCACGACGGCGCUGAUGCCACUCAUGACUGGAAUGUUCUUCCUCUGUCUGCCGGAGAGUCCCAAGUUCCUCAUGUCCAGAGGGAGGAAUGAGGAGGCCAUGGCAGUCUUCAGGACCAUUUAUAGAUUGAAUACUGGAAAACCUGCUGAAGAGUACCCGGUAAAAGUCCUAGUUGAAGAAAAGAACGAGCAGCAGGGACAAGGUAUGGCAGCGUUGAGGGGAGGCUACGCGCAGCUGGCACCACUGUUCAGACCUCCUCACGCCAAGUGGCUGUUCCUCAUCAGCACCAUACACAUGGGCUGUAUGUUCGGCUCCAACACCAUCCGCCUCUGGUACCCUCAACUGGCAGCGAUGAUCGGCAACAACGCGAAGGGUCUCUGUUCAGCCAUCGCUCCUUCCACCACCCACGCAGUAGCCGUGGACGAGAUCUGUGUUCCCAUCGUGGCUGAUAUGCUGACCUAUCUGCAAAGUGCUGCUGUGGGAGCAGGGUCUGUGCUGACCUAUGGAAUUGGAGGCGCUAUUGUUAAUAGAUGCGGUAAGCGUCUAGUCUCCGGUUUCUGUAGCCUCGUUAGCGCCAGCCUGAUCAUCAUGCUGCCGUUCCUGGGCACCAGCGCAUACGCAGUGGUUGCCAUGGUAACCUCCACGCUUGCCUUCACCUCGCUCUGUGGAGCUUCGCUGUCCAGCAUCACUGUAGACUUAUUCCCGACGUCACUCAGAGUAAUGGCGAUGGCCACAUUCCUGAUGUGCGGUCGCCUGGGCACCAUCACUGGUACCGUCAUCUUCCCCGCACUCAUAGACUACGGAUGCCUCCCGCCUUUCAUUACCAUUGGCUCCGUAUUAACUGUGUGCGGUCUGGCGUGUUUCUUGCUACCAAAUACUACUCUUAAGAAAUUAGAGUAAUUUGCGUUUAUUAUAAGCGAAUGACGAAUAUGACUGUAAAUAAUACAUGUGUCUUGUUGUUUAUACAUGUUUGUACUGUUGUUUCUAUGUGUCAAGUAUUUAUUAUGUAUUUAAAGACAUUGAGUUAAGAGAAAAUGUCCAUGUGUGCAUUAAAGAGUUAGGUUUGAUUUACGUAUUAUUUUUUAUAUGUUAUUUUGUAAUUUAAUGUAUUGUGUUGUAAAUCGUAACUCUAUAAUUAAUGUAAAUAAAUUGAUAUAAAAAGAAAGGAAAGAAUGAAACUGCGGAAGUUUUAAAAAUA